GUUGGCAAUUGAUCGUCGUCUGAGAACGUUUAUUUAACUGAGUGAAAUUCAAUUAUUGCAAAUUGAUAUAUAUAAUAUAUUUAAUUUAAACUACAUGUUUAUGUGUAGAUACAUAUAUUAAAACAUAUUUUACAUUUGCAAGUGAAGUGUUUGAACAAUGGAUUCGCUAUCAGAGUAUAAGCCCAGUGAAAAAUGGCUGCCGGCCGUAAAGGCAAACUUCAAUGAUAAAAGUCUUGUUGAAGUAGAGCCGAUAAUGCGACUAUAUCUGCAUGAUCGCAAAUUUAACUAUGACAAUUUCUGUGCUGUUUUGAGAACACUUCUUACAAUUGAUGAUUUAUCAACAACGCAACUUUAUGCUGAUCUCACUCAGUUAAACGUUAAUGUGGAGAUGAAUAAGAAGAACCAAUUCUUCAUAAAGUUUAGUAAGGAUACAGUGCAUAAUGAAAGUCUGCUGUCAUCCCAUAUUGAUCAAAUCGUGUUCGUGCCCCGCGAUCCGUCCAAGGAUUCGUCACUGCCAAAGCCACUUGUCCUGGCAAAUACCAUAACUCAAGGUCAUGUGGAAACAAUUUUGAGGGUGACACGCAAUCGUGUUAUCUUUAAUUUCCGUGCAGAUUUGUUGAACAACUCUUAUGACGUCAUCUUUCGUGCUCCACGUAUCCCGGUUCGUCUAAUGUAUCAUGCACUGGAAAUUUUUAAUAGGAGCCCUAAUCUUCGUCGUUAUCUGUUUCCGAUCGUGGAUUCCAGCAAGGAGAAAACACCUGUGUCCAAUAAACCGAACGCCUUGAAUCUUUACAACCCUUCGAUUCGCAUAAAUGUCGAGCAAUUACAGGCUGUAAAUCAGAUCGUUGCUGGUCCCAAUCCCCAAGCACCAUAUAUUGUGUUUGGGCCACCUGGCACUGGUAAAACCACCACCAUAGUGGAGGCCAUUAUGCAACUCUACAAAAAAGGAAACAACCGCAUCCUUGUAACUGCUGGUUCAAACUCUGCAUGCGAUACGAUCGCCUUAAGAAUCAUCAAGUAUAUAGAAACAUAUGCUGAAUUUCAGGGAAAUUCGAAUGUCAUGUUGCGACUGUUGCCUUACACAAGAUUCAAAAAGGCCAAGAAAACAAUUCCUCCAAAGGUACUCGAAUAUUCCAACUUUGCAACAAAGAAAAAAGGCGUUCGUUAUGUAUACGAAAGUUUGACAAAAGCGAAGUUAUCACAGUAUGGCAUUAUUGUGACCACACUGUGCACAGUGGGCAUUGUGAAUCUGGUGAAUAAACCGCAGUUUACUCACAUUUUCAUUGAUGAGGCCGCAGCAUCCAUUGAACCUGAAUCCCUGCUGGGCAUGGUGGGAGUUAUGGGAAGUCAAUGUCAUGUCAUACUCUCUGGUGAUCACAAGCAGCUGGGAGCGGUGAUCAAGAAUGAUCGUGCGGCUUCUCUGGGUCUGGGUAAAUCUUUGAUGGAGCGUCUGCUGCUCCACAAAUUGUAUGAAGUCGAUCCAAGUGGAAACUACGAUCAGACAUUGCAGACGCGACUGCGACGCAACUACAGAUCGCAUCCAGAGAUCGUCGGCAUCUACAACAAACUGUACUACAAUGGAGAACUUAUUCCAUUGGCUCCCCUCUCACAGGUCAGCCAGGCUGCGAAGUGGAGUGUCAUACCCAAUGGACAUUUCCCAAUCUUAUUCCAAGCGGCGCACGGAGCAACUGAGCGGGAAAACCAUUCGACCAGUAGCUUCAAUGAGCGGGAAGCCGUUGUGCUCUGUUGGUAUCUGUCGAGUCUACUCAAAGAGGAAAAUGUGGAACAGGAGGAUAUUGGCAUUGUGUCUCCUUAUUUGGCGCAAUGCAAGUUACUUAAGCGAAUGCUUCGCAAGAGGAACCUCACAAGGGUGAAGGUGGGCAGCGUGGAGAGUUACCAGGGAGGGGAAAAGACCAUCAUAAUUGCAUCCAUGGUCAGUUCGUUUAAGAGCACACAUUUCCUCUCGAAUCCUCGUCGGGUUAAUGUCUUACUUUCUCGUGCCAAGUCGUUGAUGAUACUGAUCGGAAAUCCCAUAACACUGAGCGAAAACAAGGACUUUAAGUUUAUUAUCGAUCUGUGUAAGGAGAAUGGAAAUCUACUCUACAAUGAGAGUAACUUGAGGGAUGACUUCAGCAAGAGACAGGAGAACGAAUCAACAAAAAAUGAGGACAGCGACAGCGACAGUAGCUCCGGAUCAGAAACCCCAACUCUGGAGAAUAAAUUGAGACACCUUUUGCUGAGCAUUAAAAAUUAACAUUUUCAUACUUAAUAUUUGGAAACAGUUUUGAUCAUCAGAUGUUUUAAAACAAUAAAUUCUUUGAUUUUUUAUUUACACAUAUAUUCAGAUAAUAUUUAAAAAU